AUGGGCUCAAACCGGAAGACGGCAAAGGCAGCAGCAGUCGCGGCUGCAACAUGGCUGGUUCUGACGACUGCCUCGGGUGUCCAUGCCUCGUUCUGCUCGCCCGGGCUCGGCUACGACGCCGCCACGGACAGCUGCGUCGAAUGCCGUGCCGGAAGCUGGUCAGACGGUUCCACAGCCUUAUGUCAGCGCCCCGUCAAAUGCACGACGGGAGAAGGCCCGAAGGCCGGCGCUACAUCGUCUACAGACUGCAUGACGUGCCCAGCCGGAUACUACAGCGACCGCGAUGACGAAACUCCUUGUGAAGUCAUUCAGUGCAGCCCUGGUUACUUUAGCAAUGCUGUCGGCGCAACCGACGCCACAGAUACAUGCAAACCAUGCCCUGCCAGCACGUAUUCGACGGGCCUCAACGACGUGUGCCACGACUGCCCCCUUGGACAGUUUAGUCUCGCUGGCAACGGUGCGUGCAGCCCGCUGGAAUGCCCCUUGAAUUCCAAACCCGUCGAACACGCAACCAACUCGACUGAUUGCUUCCCUUGUGACUAUGGAACGUUUUCAGCCGGGGGUACCAGUGAUUGUGCACCGAUGCAAUGCCCACGGGGCACAGAGCCCAGGACAAACCCAACAUCUACUUCGGACUGCCGCCCGUGCGACUUGGGCAAGUUUUCGACCGGUGGUUCGGCGGUGUGCGAGCCCACGACGUGUCUUCCUGGGUUUGUCGCGAUUGAAUUGGCUUGGGAUGGCGUGGAUAGCUGCAAGCGCUGCGAGGCUGGAUGGGUCUCUCCAGGCGGAGUCGCAACGACUUGCACGCAGUGCGGCAGCGGAACGUACGCGACAGCCGACUCGAUUUGCGCUCCGGCCAAGUGCGUGCCAGGCUACUUUGCGCCUUCCGGGUCGUCCAGCGACACAGCCAACUGCAUGGCGUGCGACAUCGGGACGUAUUCCACCGGCGAUGGCGCUGUUUGCGAGCCCGUGUCGUGUCCCGCUGGGACGGAACCCCACGCAUUCGCCACACACGUCCAGGAUUGUUCAGGUUGCGCACGCGGGUACUAUUCCCCGGGGGGUACGGCCACCUGCCAGCCUGCCACGUGCCCGAAAGGCACGGAAGCCAUCGACCACGCUGGAGGUCCCACCGAGUGCACCAAGUGCCCCAAAGCGACAAAUUCCCGAGGAAACGCCGGGUUGUGCAUGAGCCCCCCAUGUGACCCUGGCUUUGAGCCGAACGAUGAUGGCGACACUUGUUCGAUUUGUCCAGCGGGCCAUUUUUCGCCUGGCAAAGGGACGCCGUGCCACGAGUCCAUGUGCCCCCCCAGCACAGAGAGUCUCGAUGGCGCAUCGGAUCCUGUCUCCAACUGUGUGGCAUGCGAUAUUGGUUUUAUCUCGGACGGCGGCAGCGAUCUCUGCUCGCCAUGCCCGGCUGGCACGUACACGCUGAAGAACAUGACGACGUGCGAACCGACGACGUGUGCGAUUGGCUUCGAACCCAAGUCGCCCCCGAUGCACGCGUUUGACUGUGUCGAGUGCCUCGAUGGCCAUUACAGCGCAGGCGGCAACGCCACCUGCAACCAGGCCACGUGUCCCGCUGGGAGCGCCACCGUCGACCACGCCGGGACCCCCACGGACUGCAAGCUUUGCCCUGCUGGCACGUUCUCUAGCGGGGGCAAUGCCACAUGCAAAGAUGCCGCUUGUCUUCCCGGCUAUGGCACCCCCGCCGGGUCGUCCACUGGGGAAGCAUGUGCCCCGUGUGGACCAGGGCACUACAGCUUCGGAGGAGCGUUUCCCUGCACCCCCACGACGUGUCUUCCGGGCUCGAGCUCGAAUGACACGACGGCGUCCCAUCCAUCGCAAACAUGCGCUGUGUGUGCCGUCGGCUUCUAUUCGCCCGGCGGCAACGCAUCGUGCCAGCCCAUGCAGUGCCAGCGGGGCUUCACCGGAAAACCCAACGCAGUCGAUCCCGUAGCGGAUUGCGAGUCGUGCGCCGACGGUCAAUCGUCGGACGGCAAGUCGAGUCCGUGUGUUACAUGCGCCCGCGGAUUCUUCGCGGCGGCAGGUCAAGCCGAAUGCAAACCAGCAACGUGCGCGGCCGGAUGGGAGGCGAACGAAGGGGCGAUUCACGCGGCCGACUGCACGGGGUGCCCUUUGGGGACGUAUGCAAACGGCGGGUCGGCGCUCUGUGCGCCGGUGUUGUGUCCUGCCGGUUCGUUCGCGCCGGAACAAACCAACACGUGCGCGCUGUGCCGCGAGGGAAGCUACUCGACGGCCGACGCGGCUGUGUGCAAACCCGCGCUGUGUCCACCUGGCCAGGCCACGCAGGAAGGGGCGACGUCGCCGAUGGAUUGCCACGAUUGCCCCGUGGGAACGUUCGGGCUCGGCCAAAACCAACCGUGCAAACCGACAACGUGUCCGCCGGGGUAUGCGUCGUCGACGACUGGCAUCCACUUGGAAAAGGGGAGCUGCAAGCUGUGCCCGCUUGGCUGGUACAGCGCUGGCGGGAGUGACCAGUGCGCUCCAGGACAAUGCGCCCCCGGAUGGUUCCUUCCGGAAGGCAAGGGCAAUUGCACCAUGUGCCCUGCUGGCCAGUUUGGGCUUGGAGGUGACAAGCAGUGCGAAGACACGACGUGUCCACCGGGCACAGCGUCCCCGAGCGGCGCGACCACCGCCACCGGUCAAUGUGCUCCGUGCGCGGCGGGGUUUUACAGUCCUGGAGGAACCACGGCAUGUGCUCCGUGCACGUGCGAGCCUGGCUCGGGCUCGUCUGAAGGGGCGACCUCGCCUCGCGGCUCGUGCACGGUUUGUGAAAGCGGGUACUUUUCGCCAGGAUCGAGCCACCCUUGCAUCGCUACGACUUGCGCUCCAGGGACUGCCUCACCCGCCAAAGGAGCUGUCAGUGCGAGAGACACAUGCACGGUGUGCCCGGCGGGGCAAUUCGGCCUCGGGGCGGCGUUCCAAUGCGCCAACACAACAUGUGCCCAUGGAACGUCCGCGCUGGCAGGCGCCGUCGAUCCGUUGUUAAACUGUACGAUUUGCGGGGCCGGGACGUAUUGCGAAGGCGGUGGAAGCGUAUCCAAGGCGACGAGCUGCCUGCCUGGGUAUGCAUCGCCCGCUCAAGCCGACACUCCCGACGGGUCGUGCGCGAUUUGCCCCCAAGGUUCGUUCAGUCCUGGCGGCGCUGCGCAGUGCCAGCCAACAACUUGUUCACCAGGCACGUCGGCUCCUGCUGGAGCCAAGGAUGCAGUUGCCGACUGCGUCCUCUGUGACGCUGGAACGUACUCUCCUGGCGGAACCAGCGCAUGCGCAGGUCCGACAACGUGCCUGCCUGGCUUCGCCUCGUCAAAGGGCGCCAACUCGACGAACGGGUCGUGUGUUCAAUGUGGCGCUGGCCAAUUCAGCGCUGGUGGAGGCGCUCCAUGCGCGAAAACGUUGUGUUUGCGAGGCAGUGGGUCGCCUGCCGGGGCAAUUUCAGCUACGGGAAGCUGUAAAGAGUGCGAACCGGGCCAUUUUUCUCCAGGAGGGGGCUUCGACUGCGCGCCGAUGGCUUGUCCACCUGGCUGGGCUUCCAACGUCACGGGCGCAUAUCGAAGCGUACACAAGUGCGACGUUUGUCCUGCCGGGCAUUUCUCCCCCGGCGGGAGUGUCCAAUGCAAGCCGACGAGCUGCCUCCCUGGCUACAGCUCCCCUGCGGGCUCGGACGUCGAAGUGGACCAGUGCGCUCCAUGUACGGCAGGGUACGUUUCCAAAGGCGGCUCAAGCCAGUGCGAGGCCGCAACGUGUAAAGCUGGACAUGCCACGCCGCCCGCCGCCGGCUCGGAUGGAAAGACUGGUGGGUGCGUGCAAUGCGCAGCUGGCUACCACUCGUCAGGAGGCGCAACGAGGUGCAUUGCUUGCACGUGCCCUGCCGGAUCGACAUGUCUGUCCCCGGACUCGGCCGCGUGUUCUACAUGCCCCGACGGCACCACGACGUCGCGCCUGCUCGGCGGUUGCGUCAAGAAGCCUCUCGACAACGAUCAGUAUGUGGACGUCGUGCUGAGUGUCGACGGGUACUCGCCCCCGUAUUUCAAUCAGCAAGUCGUCAACUCGUUCCGCGACGGACUGUUGGCAUUCCUCAACACGGACGAUUCCUCGGCCAAGGUGACGACCGUCGAGCCACGAGCGAUUGUCGUGAACUCGAAGGCACCGGCGUCGGACUUGGGCAGCAGUCUUGUGACGCUGCGCCUCGCUGUGGCUACGCUGGGCAACAUCUACACCACCCUUGAGUCACUCACCACGACCGAGCCAUCGUCCGUGGCAAAAUCCAUUCAACUCGCUGGUCUCGUCCGCGUGCGCAACGUUCAAGUUGAAUCCGUGCAGCUCUUCCAGCACGGCGAUGAAACGAGCAGGUGCAUCAGGCCAGCGGUGUCGUCGUCUCAAUCCUCCGACAGCGAAACAACACCGCUCGUCUCGAACGCGAACAAGAUCCCUGGCGGCGCGUCGCCGCCCGUCGGCUCCACCACCAUCACCUCGGUCGCUGCACCGCGCAUUCCCAUGGCCGCGUUUGACUUGCUCGGCACGAUGGUCCUGUGGGGUUUGCACGGCCUCUUUGAUUCCAUAAUUGUUUAA